GAGCCAGGUCCAGUCUGGCCCGACGCGGUCGUGCUGUGGUUUAUGGAUGCUUCAGCAGUCCGGCACCGUCCUCAACACUGUCCAGCUCAGCGGAUUUAAGUCGGGACGGCUCUGUCCUCCUCAGACAGCUAUACAGAUAACACAGAGAUAAGUCUGCCAUGGCGAACAGAGGGCCCAGUUAUGGACUGAGCCGAGAAGUGCAGGAGAAGAUCGACCAGAAGUACGACCCCGACCUGGAGCAGCGUCUGGUGGACUGGAUAGUUGCACAGUGCGGAGGAAACCUGGAGAAACCACAGCCGGGGAAGCAGAACUUCCAGAAAUGGCUGAUGGAUGGAACAAUCCUGUGUAGACUCAUCAACAGCCUCUAUCCAAGAGGGAAAGAACCCAUCAAAAAGAUUGCAGACACCCAGAUGGCCUUUAAACAAAUGGAGAAGAUCUCCCAGUUCCUGCAGGCAUCAGAAGCUUAUGGAGUCACGACCACUGAUGUCUUUCAAACUGUAGACCUCUGGGAAGGGACAGACAUGGCAGCGGUACAAAGGACCCUGAUGGCUCUGGGUAGUCUGGCGGUCACAAAAGACGACGGUCAAUACAAAGGUGACAGAGACUGGUUCCACAGGAAAGCUCAAGGGUAUCGACGAGAGUUUUCCGAAGAGCAGCUGCGCCAGGGUCAGAGUCUGAUCGGCCUGCAGAUGGGAAGCAACCGCGGGGCGUCUCAAGCGGGGAUGACAGGCUACGGCAUGCACCGUCAGAUCAUGUAGAGCACCUACCAGCUAACGUGCCCCCUCCUGCUUCCAGACUUUCUUUUCUACUAAUACCACAAAUGUAGCUCCAAACCUUUCCUAAGCUUUGUAGUG